AUGGAUUGGUAUCCAAGAGAGCACGUGAGGAAGAGAGGACGCCCGCCGACAGACUUGGACAAGGAGGUGAAGAAGACCUGCGGGGGAGCAGCCUGGAAGAGAGUAGCAUUGGAGAGGAAAGGGAAGGUGGGACAGACAAACAAUAGAUUGUCGUUUGGUGUGACAGUACGAUUAGCGGCAAUAAAUUGGACACUUCACCCUCAUCGCUUGAUUUACGUCUACCCCGACGUUUAA